AGUUUGUAUUCUACUUUCCUACGAGACACAACUAUUUCUUACAACAAAAAAACCUGAUCAAAUUCUGUACCAUCAGUUUCAUACAACAUUCUAAAAAAUUUUCUCUAAAAUUUUCCCGUGAUUAAUUCAAAUUCCGAUUCUUUUUCUUGCCCAAAGAUACGUAAUAAUAUGAGCACUUUGGAAUUAAAUGGUAGUGAGAUGGGCGAUGGAAGCCCGAAGCCAAUUGGAACGUCGGAGGAAACGAUCGGCGAUGUCUGCUCGAUCAAGUCUGAGAAUAAUACCGACUUCGAUGGCUACGAGGAUAUAUUGGCUGCCCAGGGUGAUGAUACUUCUUCCGGCUACAUUAAUUUUCUGCGGGACUAUGUGAAGCGCUAUGGCGAUUUUUACACAUGUGAGGCGUUAGUGCUGGGAGCUAGAGAGCGAUGGGCCGAUAUGUCCUUUCGCCACCGUUGCGAUUACUGCGAGAACCCAGCUGAGCUGUUGAAGAUAAAAUGCGAUGGCGAUGGCAACAUUUACAACUUUGACAGUGACGAGAGUAUGGAGAAGCAAGACGUUGCUCCCAGGGACAAUUUCUUUGGUGGCCGCAACGUUACCGGCGGUAGCGAUAAUGUUUGUCACAAAAAGCGUGCGCCCAAGUGCGGUAAGCCCAAGAGAAGUUGCGCCAAACCGAAGCGCACGAAGAGUUGCUCCAAACCGAAGCGCAUGAAGAGUUGCGCCAAACCGAAGGCCGCAAAGAGUUGCGCCAAACCGAAGCCCAAGUGCAAGCCUGCUUGUGCCAAAGCCAAGCCGAGGUGCCCCAAGCCCAAGCCUAGGUGCUCCAAGCCUAAGCCGUCGUGCCCUAUGUAAUCAUAGGUCAAAACGCCUCGCCCCCCUUGCCCCUCCCCCCCUUUAGGCCAUCUUUCUAAGACCAGAGAUCAGACCAAAAAUUAAGAAUGCUUGUUGGCAGUGCUGGAAUCAUCGAAGUUGGAUAACCUCCAGGGAACCAGGACCUCGAGAUAACAGAGCCCAAGUGAUUCCCCCCGCUAGGCAGCUUUAACAGAACCGAGGGACGUGGUUCUCGUGCCAGGAAGGCCCCAGUUCGGAUUCUCAAGGCCAUUACAUCAAGCAAAUGUAGUUUCGGACAAUAAAGGUGUAGUCUGAUCGAAAAA